AUGACUGACAACAUGGAUCUACAUGUGAACACAUAUUGUAUAUUCUCCAAAGUUCCUCAAAAAUUACAGGAAGUCCUGGAAAAUAGUGAAGUCAUAAACUGGAGAUAGAUAAUCCAUAUCCAAGGUUGCCAAGAAAGUUUGGGUGAGGCGAUAAGAGCAGCUGCAUUUUCAAAGCCAGUGAGGGCAAACCACUCGAAGGCAGCCCUCUAUAUAAAUGAAGAUAUGCUGAAGCUCAACGUCUCCAAUGAGAGCAAGGCUGGAAGCAGGUGUGAGAUGGACCACAGAGAUGAUGAAUUUGAGAGUGAUGAUCCUAAUUUUAAGAUUUCCCGACUGGAUAUCUCUCAUGCUGGGCUGAUAAAUGCCCGCCAGUGGCCAGGGCGGAAUGAAAAGAGCCUGCGUUUCACCCGGCGCUGCAUACAGAAGGUGCCAGUGUACUGCUGUAUGCUGAGCCCAGGAGGGGUCCCGGUCUCAUGGAUUAUCAUGGACUGUGAUUAUCCAUGUGAAUAUCACAAGAAUUCUCAUUCUUGUGAACUGAGAAUGGCCUACGCUGUGGAAAGAUACCAAAGCAAAGGCAAAUUGACACAGGUGUUGGAGCAUUAUGUGAAGUAUCUGCAUCAGAAGAAUAUUCCAUUUUAUCUGUCUGUGCUGGAAGAGAAUGAAAAACCCCACGGAACUGCAAAGUCACAUCAGUACCCUUGA